CCUACUCAAGGUGACUGGAGGCAAAUCAUGGGCGAACUGCGGGGAGCUCGGUUUGCCGAGUGGACGCUUGAGCGUUGUCCUGAUAUAUAGUGGUUAUUAUCUGCUCUUGAAAUUCACAUAUUUCACCGCGGCAAUGCUGUACACUCUACAAGCGAAGGACGCCUGAAACUCAAGAGCCAACGCAGGAUUACGCGGGGCAUCCGUCAUACAUACUUUACAGCGAGUUGAUCCUUGAGUAGCGCAAAGAAUUCAGCCGUCUGCCGUUGCUAAGGCGAGUGAGGAGCGCAGCCUGAGUGGGAGCGGGGAAGGAGCGCGUGCAUGGGCCGCGCAACUGGGGUCGCCCAACUGGCGGGCGGCAGAGCCCUAAAGCUCUCUGCCCUACCCACAGCAGAACACUAGCGGCGCAUAGAAUUUUGCGCUCAUAGGCUUUACGACUACAGCGAUUAAUUUAGGUCACGACGCUAGCCCGCAAGCCAAACUGCCGAACCUGCCGACCAGCUUCACGUCUCUCUCAUUCCUUCCCAUCGUCAUCAUUGAAUCCUCAGACCUAUGGAUUCGUGUUUUUAGUGACAUCCAAUCGCAGCGGCUCGAGGGUUUGCCCUUGACACGUAGUGCGCCAGAGAGUCCGUAGCGAAAUUGCCACGUCCCUUGGCAAUACCUCGCCCGUUCAUCGUCUGCGCUGGAUAAAGGACUCUGCACAUCAACACGGUCAUAUGCGGUAGUGGCCGGCCGGGACCACUGAGGCUGACACACACAUCUUUCCUGUGACAUCGCCAGCUCUUCGACCACCCGCCAUCAUCCCCCGCCCAACCUCCACUCAGCCGGUGUCGUUCGUCCCGAAACAAAGCCCUCCGGCCGCCACCUCCACCGCAACAGCUAUCUAUAUCCACCCAUCUUACCGCAGCGCGGACACCCGGAAAUGGCCACUGAGGUGUCUGCGCCGGCGCCAGCCGGCGCCGGCAUGCAGCACCACCCACCCUCGGCCUUCGCCGAGGUGCAGCAUCAGCAGUACGAGUGCGGCCCGCACGGCGGCGGCGCUGACGUCAGCCUGGAGAGCCUGCUGCCCGCGGAUCUGACCUUUGCCAUCGAGUUUGACCAGCCCGCCAAGCUACUGCCGGCCAAGCCGCCCGCGUACAAGCCCACAGCGCUGCCCACGCAGCUGCUACAGCCGUCCACCUCGGCCGCGGUCAUCCCCGCCGUCAACCCCUGGGCCUACGAGCCCAGCCCGCCAACCACCGGCAACGGAAUGUACGGCAACGACGGCGGGCUGCAGCCCACGCGCUCCGUGCCGGACCGCUCCGCCGCCGUUGGCAUGCGAUACGGCGGCGUGGGCGGCAUCAGCAUCGGCGCCGCCGCCGGCCUGCCGCGCGGCUGCGCGCCGCUGCCGCUGUCGCCGUCCGGCCCGGUGCGCCUGGCGUCCAGCCCCAGCGCUUCGCCGCACUGCAGCCCUGCCCACGCCCGCGUCGCCGCCGGCUCCGACUAUGGCGCCGGCGAGGGCUACUACGCCGCCGCCGGCCAGCCGCCGCCGCCGCCGCCGCCGCGUGACGGCGCCGCCAAGCUCACCAGCGACGGCAGCCUGCGGAACGCCGUCCUGGCGCGCAGCUUUGUGCGCCGCAACAGCGCCGGCAGCGGCAGCUUCGCGGCGGCGCCGCCGCCGCCUCCGCCGCCGCGCGACGGCAGCAUGAGCAGCGGCCAGGCCCCGCCGCCGUUCUGCCCGCCGCUGGACCUGGGCACACUCUCCUCCGUGGGCGACGGUGCCGUGCUUGUGACGCAGAACUCCCGCGGCGCUGCCGGCAACGGCGGCGCCGUCGCCGAUGGCUCCUGGCCGCCGCCGCCGCCUCCCCCGCCGCCGCCGUCGAGCAAGGGCGGCACGCCGCGCGCGAUGGGCAUGCUGCCGCCGCCUCCCCCGCCGCCGCCGCGCGACGCCGACGGCGCCGCCAGGCUGCGCAGCCGCUCGUCCAGCUCGGCCAUGUAUGCCGGCACUGGCGCCGGCGGCGGCAUGCCGUACUCGCCCGCCGGCCUGCCGCCGCCUCCCCCGCCGCCGCCGCGCUCCGCCGAGGGCGCCGGCCUCGACAUCGCCUCGGUCAUCGACGGCGCCGCCGCCGCCGCCGCCGCCUUCAAGCCGCCGACGCUGGAGGAGGCUCAAAAGCUCGUGGCGGCGGCGCUGGCUGACGGCACCGACAGCAGCAUCGCCGCGGCGCUGGAGCUGUCGGCGCAGCUGCAGUCGCUGGCGGCGCUUCGCGUCGGCGCCGCGGUCGCCGCCAAUGCUGCGCAGGUCGGCAGCCCGCGCGCCGCCGCCGCGCCCGCCGCCGCCGCCGCCAGCAUGCGCAGUCCCUCGCCGCUCGGCAACGGCCGCUCCAGCUACUCGGGCAGCCAGCAGCUGGGUGCGGCGGCAGUGCCGCCGCCGCUGACCCCGGCCGACAGCGCCGGCUGUAUCGGCAUUGGCGGCGCCGGCCGCCUGCCCAGCAUGGGCAGCGGUGCCUACGUCCGCGCGCUGGGUGGCGGCGCCGUCACGCCCCGUGCCGCUGCUGGCGUUCCCGCGCCUCCGCCUCCGCCGCCGCCUCCCCCGCCUCCCCGCCAUGUGAGCGCCGGCAGCGGCGGCGCGCCUCCUCCUCCUCCUCCGCCGCCGCCGCCGCCGCGCGCGCCGGUACCGCAGCCGCCCACGCCCGAGGUCGCCGCCGCUAUGGCCGCAAUGCCCGAAGUGCGCUCGCCCUUUGCGGUCUACCAGCGCGGCGCCAGCGGCGCCGGUGCCCCUGCCGCCGCCGCCGCCAUUGAUGAGGACUUCUGCCCCACGCCGCCGGAUGAGGUGACGCUGCUGCAGCAGCAACUGGACCAGCUGACAGCCAUGGGACCCAUGGGUCAGGCCUACGCCGCCGCUGCUGCGGCGGCGGCGUACGGCAACCCGUACGCGGCCCUGUUUGGCGGCGCCGCCGGCGCCGCCGCCGGUUUCAUUGGCAUGCCGCAGCUGCAUGUGCCGGGCUUCCCGGCGGCGGGCAGCGCUGCCUCUGCGGCCUCUGCCGCCGCCGCCGCCGCCGCCGGCGGCGUGUACGGCAGCGGGGCCUUCGGCAGCGAAGUGUACGGCAGCGCCGCCCCCAGCGUCGCCGCCACCGUUGCCACCGCUGGCGGCGGCGCUGGCGACAGUCGUGAGGUCUCACUGGCGUCGCUGGCGUCGCUGCUGACAACGUUGGCGGCGCUGGCCAAGCAGGGCAACCCCAGCAGCGCCGGCGACGGCGCCGCAUCCGCCUCCAUUGCGACUGCCGCCACCGCGCCGGCCAACACGUUUGCCGCCGUCGCCGCGGCUGCUGACGCGCCGAAGCUGCAGGUGCAGCCGCCGUCGCCCGACGCUGUGUCGGCCUGCCCCGCCACCAGCAGCAGCGCAAGCGGCAGCGGCGCGCAGUCGGAGGCCGGCACGCCCGCCGCCACCGGCGCCCUGUCGCCCAUCGAGCCGCCGGCCUCGCCGUCAAGCACUCGCAGCGGCGGCUCCAACGGCAACACCGCCGCCGGCGGCGCGGCCGUCAGCGACGCCACCGAGCUGCUCAAGGCCGCCGCCGCCGCCGUCAGCGCCGUCGACGCCUCCCACGCCGCCGCCGCGGCUGACGCUGCUCAGCAGCAGGCGCAGGUCGACGCCGAGCUGGCCCGCGUCGCCGCCGCCAACGCGGCCGCCGCCGCCGCCGCCGCCGCCACCAGCCCGGAUGCCGCCGCCAUCAACGCCAUCUCCGCCGCCGCCGCCGGCAUGGGCGGCAUCACGCCCGCCUCGCUGGCCGCACUGCAGCAGGCGCUGGCCCUGCUGGCCGGCGAGGCCACUGCGGCCGCUGCCGCUGCGGCCGCUCCGCUGCCGGCCGGCGCCCUGUCGCCCGCCGCGGCGGCGGCCGGUGCCGAGUCCUCGGCGGCUGCUGCCGCCGCCGCCGCCGUGACGCUGGCGCUGCCGGGCGUGACGGCUCAGGAGGUCCAGAUGGCCAAGAGCCUGCACGCCGCCCUGAAGGUGGUGGCCCUGCUGGACUCGAUCUCGGGAUCCAGUACCGGCGUUGGCGCCUAAGAUUGGGCUUCUUGCUCAAGGCUGCAUCUGGCCUGCAAGUGUACUACUCGAGGACAGGGCAACGCAAGGCAAGGCCUAGUUUUGGGUCCGCGGGACUCUGCGGCGACACUGAUACAGCAGCAGCAACAACGCAAUUUUGGUCGACCACCCUCGGUGAGCGCGCGCACGGCGCAUCGACCGCGCGCGCGCGCGUGUGUGAGACUGUUUUGUACGCCCACACGCACGUUGGGGAAGAGAAGAAGAAGCUUUGUUUGGCUGGGUUACUACGGCUGGGCAUAGCGGGACAGGCACAGCCGCCCAGGGCGGUAGAGGGGUGUCAGGGCGUCGUGUGCUUUUGUACACGUGUGCGUGUGUGUUUGUGCUUGCGUGACUUAUCAGUCAAAAGCAGGAGGCUGUAGCAGCCAGGUACCGCGAAGGCGCCGGGCAAGCGUCCACGGCAGGCGUGCCGGCCCCCGCGCGAUACAACGCAUUUUGGACACUGUGUGAUUCGCAGCCCAAAAGUGAGCCCCGCUUGAGAGGUCCGGCGGCAUGAGCUGGACUGGCUGUUGUGUUGUAUUGUGUGCGUGUGUACUUUUGCUGCAAGCCUGCUUGGAUUGAAAGCAGUUGGCUUUGGCAUCUUGACAGGAGCGGCGGGCAGCAGGCUUGGAGGGCCCAACAACCAUUCAAUCUUGAGUAGCCCUUGAUUAAACCCUGCGCCCAAUCUUGAUUAGAGCUUCUUGGCAACUAGUGGCCCUAGGUUGAAAACUGACACACUAAUUGAUUAGCGCUGUUGCGUCCUUGACCAUGGUCUCUGCCUGACUUGUAGCAGUCGAGAGUGUGUGAUAGGCAGUGGUAAGUGCGUGAUAGGCAACGACGUCGCAACGACCGCCCUUGACUUGGCUCCUGACCGCCCUGGCGCUGACGAGGAACGCUUGCUUUGCAAGAGGAGGCAAAGGGGCUUGGGCUCGACGCGUGCAGGUCCGGUGUGGACGUUGACGGAUUGGUGGCCUAGCCUAGUUAUAGCCAGGCCGCGUUUAGCGCGGGUUGAGGACUAGACCAGUGGGCCCUGCACCCUGCAGGGUCACGCUUUCUAGAGAGGCGGUGGCAGCUAGCGAAGCUCGGGCAUGCCUUGUUCCUUGACGGGGGAGGUUGCUUAUGGCGUAGCGACUGCCGGAUGCCAGCUAGCGACUAGACGAAGGCCCCUCCACGUGCUGCAACGGGAGGAGGGAGGGGCCGAUACGCGGUGUGGGGGGACUAGAUCAUUAGCUAACUAAGCAGCAAGGCUGCAAGGCACAUGCUGGCUAGGCGCCCCUGAGUACGGGGUGACGGUGCAAAGGCCUGAAGCAGAUCGGGAAUGCGAAUCCCUUCUGCCUGAGGUUCGCGUGCGGUGGGCUAGCUAAAUGCACUCGACUGAGACGCGGCACCUCGCGGCUGACUGACGCUGUAACCAGACAUGAUA